AAUGAUUCCAUUAUAAGUCAAAUAAAUCAUUUAUAUCUUAGAACUUCAAUCAUCGUUAAUCAGCUUCUGUUUUGUAUAGAUAAUAUGAAUCCAGAAAACAAUCUCCUGUUACACAUGUUGUUGUUACACAUAAUCCAAGAAGAAGUCAUUAAUUUGAUGGUAGAUCCAAUUCACCAUCUAAAAUUCUAACUACAUCAUAUGUCUAUCCUAAAAUUAUACAAUCCACAGAAUUGAAAACUAGAAUACCUACUUAAGUAUAUAUCAACAUUUUAAUCUAGGGUUAAAAUAUCCCUAUUUAAGAAGCACUUAAAAUUUAUUCAUCUAAACCUAAUACUGAUUCAUAAAAUAAUUCAAAUAAGGUCUCUUUUUACAAUCAAGAGAAAUUUAAUGAAAGAUCAACCUACACUAAGACUACUACUGGGGAAAGUUAAGAUGAAGAAAAAUCUUCUAAGCAAAGUAUUCUUAUUUCUCUUAUUAGAACCAUCAAUAAUUUAUUAAAAACAACUACUAGACAAAGAUUUAUAAAUAUUGCAAUUAUAGAAAGAAAUCAAAUAAAUUAAAGAAUUAAAUGUAAUUUAUUUAAUUAAGUAUUUUAGAAAAAAUAUCAAAACAUAGAAAAGGAAUAUGAUAAACUUGUACAAGAAAAUAAUAAAUUGAAAUUACAAAUCUAAUUAUAAUAAGUUCAAAUAACUUAACUUACCCAUUAAUAAUCUUUGAUCUCUCCAGGAAGACCAUCAGAGUAUGUAAGUGCAUUGAGUGAAUAGGAUAAACUAAAAAUAAAGACUCUACUAGAAUGUGAAUGA